CAGGGAUUUUGUCAACGAACAAAAAAUGGAGGCUUCCCGUUUUCGAAUGUGGCCAGUGGAGAUGAAUUUCAGUGAAGAAGAUUUCAUGGAAUCACUUGAGCGAGCACUCCCACCUCUUCUCCACCUUCAACCGCUUCCUCCGCUGCCGGUCAGCCUCCCUCCGCCGCCGGCCACCGAAACACAUUGCGUCACCAAUUCGGAAAAGCGAUCAAUAGAAAGAUUAGAAUUGAACAGGAAUCUUCUCUACUGCGUCGAAAUGCAGAUCAAUAAAAAAUCCCACAAGAAAUUGAAGAAACUGCUGAAGAAAAUCGCCCUUCGUGGUUUGAUAACCGUAGGAACUUCCGUCGUCGGGCUGUUUCUUUUCGACGAAGUCAAGUAUUUCUCGUUAAUGAUUACAAUGUCGGUCCCGUUUAUCUCGGAUAUUUUUAAAGUGGAAAUCGCUUGCUAUUUGAAGUUAGGUAGAAUGCGAACGCGUCGGAGCCUAAUCAGAAUGCGUAGAAUCGCGUUGAGGGAGAUGGCCGAAGAUCUUCGGGAAGAGCUACGGGAGCCUUAUAACGGAUUUCUUAUGAGCCCAAGUGAAGCCACUAUCGAAAUUCAUUCCGCUCGAGCUCGAGUUGUUGAAAUUGAGGAUACCCUUGUACGUGAAAUCGAGGAUUUUGGAACGAAUCAUGGGUUAUUCUUCGUGUUGACUUUUGUAGGAUCGCUUUUAUAUGUUGCGGUGAUAGUUUCUUCGGCCUGGUUCUUGCGUAGAGGUAACUAACUUGUUUAUAAUGUUUUCUAAUAUGGGUAUGUGGUUCAUUUUUAAUCAUCCGAUUUCAUAUUUAAUCUUGAUUUAUUUAUUUAAUUUAUUAUGUUUUGCCGAUGGAGCAGCCCUUUAGCAUGUUUCGAGAAGUCUCGGACCACCUAGGUAUGCAAUUUGAUAUCUAAAGUUUAUUAUGCUCUUAAAUUUGUAUAUGUGAUAUACGACGACUUCUGCUUUGAUAGUACUGCUACGGGUUUUUUGGUUUUCGUUUUAUGCCGUGACAGAGUGUCGAGAAAUUAUUGGAUUAUUCCCAUUAAUUGCUCUGUACACGAGACUUUGAAAUAUAUAUUUAAAUAGUUCUAGAUUUCAUCAUCGUUUACAGGUCGAGGUCGUGGUGGUCGUAUGCUUAACAGUCAUUCAAACAAG